GGCCCGGCCGCGACCCGGGCCGCACGCUGUGGAGGUGGUCGGUUGUCCGCGCGCUCCGUCCGGCUGCGCCCCCUGCCCACGGGCCCUCUCCCUCCGGCCCCGGGCUCGCGGGCUGCGGGAGUGGCCUUAAGAUGGAUGAAGACGGCGGCGGCGAGGGCGGCGGCGGCGUGCCUGAAGACCUCUCAUUAGAAGAGAGAGAAGAACUUCUAGACAUUCGUCGGAGGAAAAAGGAACUUAUUGAUGACAUUGAGAGGCUGAAAUAUGAAAUUGCAGAAGUGAUGACCGAGAUCGACAAUCUAACUUCUGUAGAGGAGAGCAAAACUACUCAGAGGAACAAGCAAAUUGCUAUGGGAAGAAAGAAAUUCAACAUGGAUCCCAAAAAGGGAAUUCAGUUUCUCAUAGAAAAUGACCUGCUACAAAGUUCCCCAGAAGAUGUCGCCCAGUUCCUUUAUAAAGGAGAAGGCCUAAAUAAGACCGUCAUUGGGGACUAUCUGGGUGAACGGGAUGAAUUUAAUAUUAAAGUUCUUCAGGCUUUUGUCGAACUCCAUGAGUUUGCUGAUCUCAACCUCGUGCAAGCCUUACGGCAGUUCUUGUGGAGCUUCAGACUUCCAGGGGAGGCUCAGAAAAUUGAUCGCAUGAUGGAGGCUUUUGCUUCACGCUACUGCCUGUGCAACCCUGGGGUUUUCCAGUCCACAGACACAUGCUACGUGCUGUCAUUUGCGAUCAUCAUGCUCAACACCAGCCUACACAACCACAAUGUGCGUGACAAGCCCACAGCAGAGCGGUUCAUAAGCAUGAACCGCGGCAUCAACGAGGGAGGGGACCUCCCUGAGGAGCUGCUGAGGAAUUUAUAUGAAAGUAUUAAGAAUGAACCAUUUAAAAUCCCAGAGGACGAUGGGAAUGACCUGACACACACGUUCUUCAACCCUGACCGGGAAGGCUGGCUCCUGAAGCUGGGAGGGCGUGUGAAGACCUGGAAGCGGCGGUGGUUCAUCCUGACAGACAACUGCCUCUACUACUUUGAAUACACGACAGAUAAAGAGCCCAGAGGGAUCAUCCCGCUGGAAAACCUCAGCAUACGGGAGGUGGAAGACCCGCGGAAACCUAACUGUUUUGAGCUCUAUAACCCAAGCCACAAAGGGCAGGUCAUCAAAGCCUGUAAAACAGAAGCCGAUGGCAGAGUGGUGGAGGGGAACCACGUGGUGUACCGGAUCUCGGCCCCCAGCCCCGAGGAGAAGGAGGAGUGGAUGAAAUCCAUCAAAGCAAGUAUCAGUAGGGAUCCUUUCUAUGACAUGUUGGCAACGAGGAAAAGAAGGAUUGCCAAUAAGAAAUAGAGCUUUCCUGACUUGAACAGGUAAAGGACAAGACCCAAACCCCACAGCAGAAAGUGACUGGAGGCCGCAGCUAGGAGGUGGGUCCUGGUGGUGCUCACAGCUUCUACAGAGCGGCCAUCCGUGGCCCGAACUGCUGUUUACCUUGCAGCCUUGGGCUGGGGUCUGCGACUGUCCCGGAGCUCACGGUGGGAGAAGUCCAAACCUGCGCGCUCCCGGUUUCAUCAGUGGCAGCGCCUGGUGGCUCAGCCCAGAAAACCUGUGCCACAGACACGGGACUCACUUGCCACAGACAGAGCCUCGUUCCUACCGGUCCCAACCAUGCGCCCACUCGUGGUGGGGUUAUCCAUUCUAGAAGCCACUGUGUCGUAUCACAACACGAAAGGAAAAGCUACCAGUUUUUUAUUCAGAUUUUUUUUCUCAGAUAUAUAGGAUUAUAGCUUUUAUAUGCCUUUUUAUAUUCUGAAAUUAUAACAAAAGAUACUUUCUAACAGUAGUAUUUUUAGAAUGGCAGCUAUAAAUUUAACUCCUGGACACAAGUAUAUACUGUGCACUGAAAAAAAAAAGAAAAAAAAAUAUAUAUGUAUAUGCAGCACCCCGAAGGAGGGCUGUGAGAGGUCGCUUGCACUUGGGCGGGGGCCCGGCUGCUCUGGGAGUCAGGGGUCCGGUGUCCUUCAGGACCACGAGCACUUGGGGAGAGGGCUCCAGGUAUGAUUAGCCAUGUAGCCUCCCUUCAGCUUAAAUUUUUUGGCCCCACAAAUAGUUUCUAAAAAAGCAAAUCACUAAAGUAUAAUGAUUACGGUUUGAGGGUGUUUAUCUUGUAGCUGCUAAAUCCUAGGAAGUGGAGCGUUUCCCCUGGACACGCAUCACCCGUUUGUUGAACACGUGAAUCUGCCGCUGUCUGCUUUUGACCCACACAAGCACCGGUUUCAUAUGGUUCAAUUGAAUGCUUGGGUCACACCGGCUUUUGAUCACAUUCAUUGCUAUUUAAAGCCUUCGACAAAAUGAAUGCUUAUCUUACAGACCUUACAGUUAUUUGACCAGAUUUCUUAAUGAAUAGACGUAUAAGUAACUAGAAAUAAUCAGUCUUAUUCCUCUUGUAGUACACUAUGUUUCCAGGGAUUUGAUCUCCCCUCAUGAGGGAGGGAUAGAGCAAGCUACAGGUUGAAGGUGUGUGGCAGUUAGGUUCUCUGUAGGCAGUUGAGAACCCCAAAUAGACACUGGUGGUGGAAGGGGGGAAACCCCAUGACCAGGAGGCUGUCAGGUUGCCAUAGACGUACAAUAGAAAGGGCUCAGUACAUUUGCACAAGGAUGGAUGAAUCUGUGCCCCGCACAUUGAGACCAUCACGAAACUGGACAAAGAUGUGUGCUUGGAACAAGACGGGACUGGGAGACAGGUGCCUGUCUCUAUUGGGAGCUUUAUUUCCACCUCCAGAAUGACCAAGUAUAAUCCAUAGGACCCUCUUUCACACAUGGGCUAUUCAGUUGGUGGAUGGCUUUUGCCCCACAGAACUUCCUCUCCCUGCCCCAUCUGUGUAAACACACCUGGAAUAUUGUACCCUUUGGAGGUCAUUUGUGCUCCUGUGCAAAAUGAAAGUCCAGGAAGGAAACCUCAGACUGUAUGCACUUAUGUUUUGUUCUAAAUAGCACUAGUAACUAUUCCUAUGAGUGGCCUUGAGGCAGAGACAGAGCAGCUGUGGGCCCUUUGCCUACAGCAGCUGACCUUGAUAUAGCUUUAAGUCACACUAGACUGCAGAAGGGUCCAAGGCCAUACCUCUCCAUCAUGCAUCAGGCUUUUUGUUUAUUCUUAAGCUUUUAGGCUUUGUUACUAUACUGAUACCUCAAAUUGAAAUUUAGUUUUUGAGAAAGGCAAGUCAGCAUUCUUGAAAUGCCUGACUAGUAUAUAUGCAACUCUGGCCUCCAGUCUUCCCUGGAAACAGAAAUGCUGCCUGGACCCCCAGACCAAAUACUGCUGACGGCCGCCUCCACGGUGCCCAUCCUUGGGCUGGCCCCUUCCCCAGAACUGGUUGCAGUGCCAGCUCCAUCAGCACUUCACAUAUGGACAAGCUGCCUCCUCUCUCCUGUCUAACCCAGGUAUGGCCCUGGGGAUUUGGAACUUUCUGUCUUUUGGGUGUUGGGAAGUGAGCAUGAAGGAGUCGCCUGAUGAGAAAUCUGUUUCUCUACUACGGUCAUCUGUGAACAAGCUUCAACUGAUGGCUGUUCACCCAGGAAUGAUACAGAAGGCCAUGGUGCUUAGAAUCUAGCCAACCUACCGUCAGAGUGUUACGUGAAAUCAUCUAAUUCCAGGGUUUUUUGUGACAGUAUUAACAUGAAGGGCAAACUGCCAUCAUGCCCACGGAGCCCUCAGGCAGGCCUGGUCCAGAAAACCUGCCAAGUCAGGGACGGUGUGGGGCUAGCCUCCACCAGGGCAUCCUCUCUUGAAGUGGGACAGCUGGUUCAUCCCCUCUUGGGGGCAGGUGUGAUUCUGUUGCCUGAGCCUCAGCAUGAGCAAUCGUGUUCAUCCUCCUCCCCGCCCCCAGUGUCUACGCUCAGUGCAGUGUCAACUCCAGCCAAAGACACACUUUCUUCCAGAGACAAGGGGCAGUAGCAGUGAAGAGGAAACCUGGGCGGGAGAUGGUGGCCUCCACGGCCCAUCCUGUCUCUGCCUUGCUGGGCCCUGGUUAACAUUUGAGGUUUAAUUGGACUGACCCUGGACCCAGACAAGCAACAAUGUCUUCAGGGUUACAGAACAUUUUUGAGCAAUUUAAUGUGGUACCAAACUGAGUCAAAAUAGGAGCUAUUUACAGAUGAAGCAGCAUUUAAUGCUUCAUAUAAAGCAAUGCAUAUUUCUAAGGUUACACAUGCAUAUAUCUACAUAGAUGUGCUUUGCCGAGAAGUUAGGUCUGUUGUAGACCAGAAACCACAAGUUGUGAUUUCUCAUUUUCUUAUUUUUUCUUAGAAAACAUUUCUAUUUACAGUAAAUAUAGUUAAUAUGUAAAUAAUGUACAUAUAUUGAUUUCUGGAGUGUUUGUUAUUCAAUGUAUAUACUCCUACAACUUGCAUGAAGAAAUAUUCUGUAUUGAUAUUUUGUUGCAAAGUGAACAGUAAGUAAAAUUGGAGGGUGUGUGGCCGUCAAACUCUUGCAAAUGCUGUGUUCACCAAAUAAAACUCCAAAUGUAUUGUCAAGACAA